AUGAUAAACUCUCCCCUCCGGAUUCGCGUAAACGCUGUGCAAUUGGACACAAUCGGUACAAGCCCCACUCGAGGUAGCUCCAAGUCGACUGAAGCGGGUGUGAAAUUGUCCCGGAGACUGCAACGGGAUUUUGCGUCAAACUGCCACAAUGGCUACAAUGGCACAAAACACAGACAGGUUCGUGGGUGCCUGUAUGAAAUGGUGUUUUUGGUCCAUUCGAGUCGGGGCCCAGGUCACGGGCUACGCCGUCAGUUGCCCAUUCUGGCACGGAGGGCAUGUUCUGACCGAACACCUCCCGAAGCAUGGGCCAUGCCCACGAGGGCAAGACAAAACAUCCCCCCACCCCAUUCCCAUCAGAAGCCCCCGUUGCCUCAGCGUCUAAACAUGACACUGGCCGGUUCGGGUUGGCAGUAUCAGGACGCUGACAUGUGGUACAGAGAAGGAGAGAGAGAGAGAGAGAAAGAGAGAGGUGAACGGGAGGUGAUGACAGCCGAGACCGGUACUCGGUGA